CUGCUUCGUCGCCCUGCCUACCACCUUGCUGAAGCGGCAAACACACAGCCUCCUUCUUCUCCGCCGAGGAGAGUCAAGAUGCUAACGGCCGACAUUCCUCCCAAUCAAACUAUUUACAUCAAAAACCUCAACGAGAAGGUCAAGAAAGAAGAAUUGAGAAGAUCGCUUUACUGUUUGUUUUCUCAAUAUGGAAGGAUUCUGGAUGUCGUGGCCUUGAAGACACAGAAGCUCAGAGGGCAAGCAUGGGUGUGCUUCAGUGAAGUAACAGCUGCCAGUAAUGCAGUGCGGCAAAUGCAGGGUUUUCCAUUUUAUGACAAGCCCAUGCGAAUCCAAUAUGCAAAAACAAAGUCAGACUGCCUUGUAGAGGCAGAAGGAGUUUACGAUCCAAACGCAAAGAAGAAGAAGAAACAAGAAGAAAAAGCUGAAAGGAAGAGGCGUGCUGAAGAAGCUCAGCAAUCUGCAACAGCUAAUGGCUCAGCUGCUGACAAUAACAGAGGCCAUACUUCUUUCCGCCCAGGAAGUGGUGGGGGCGAACAUGAAACCAUGCCACCAAACAACAUUUUGUUCAUUCAGAAUCUGCCGCAUGGAACCACCAGCAUGAUGUUGCAUGUCUUGUUCCAGCAGUACCCUGGGUUCAAGGAAGUCAGGAUGGUAGAAGCGAAGCCUGGUAUUGCAUUUGUUGAAUUCGAAGAUGAUGUUCAGUCAUCAAUGGCCAUGCAGGCACUUCAAGGAUUCAAAAUCACUCCUCAAAACCCAAUGGCCAUCAGUUUCGCCAAGAAGUAGUAGGUUGCUUAUUAUCUACUUGUAUGUAUGGAGUAAGGAGAGCCAUGUUAACAAAAUCCGGGCCUUGUGAGACCGAAAUGGCGGAGUUAGAAUCAUGUAUUUGAUCAGAUAGUGGGAAUCAAGUAAUGUUUUAGUAGACCACCAUAAGAAUAUCAGCCAGUGCUUUUGAGGCAGUUUUUUCCUUUUUAAUGAAUCAUGACAAUGAAGUAUUUCCCCCACCCCCAAGUUACUGCGUGCAAAUAGUAAUAUGUUCUCUUAGGGGUCAUUGGCUUGUUGGAUUUGGAAAAUGAGGAUUUUGGUUCAAAAAAACAUUUGCAUUUA